GCACGCGUGUGGGAAGCUCCUGUACACAGCGGGAGAGCGGCCGCUUGAAGUGGCUGCGUUGGUGUUUCUUUCCCAAGUAGAUAGCGGCGCCCGGUCCUGCCGUCUCGUUUUGUUUUGCAAAUCGCAGAAUCACAAAACGGGUGAGGUAGGAAGGGACCGCAGUGGAUCAGCUGCUCCAAGCUCCCUGCUCAAGCAGCACUUGGCACAGGAUCCCGUUCAGGUAAUUCUUGAGUCUCUCCAGUGAGGGAGACUCUGCAACCUCUAUGGGCAACCUGUUCCAGUGCAUGGUCACCCACACAAUAGAGUUUUUCCUCGUGUUCAGGUGGAACUUCUGUGCAUCCAUUUCUGCCCAUUGCCUCUUGUCCUGUUGCUUAGCACCACUGAGAAGAGCCUGGCUCCAUCCGCUGACACCUUCCCUUCAGAUACUGAUAGACAUUGAAGAAGUCCACACUCAAUCAUGUCGUCUCAGGCCAGCUCCUUCAGCCUUUCCUCAUAAGAGAGAAGCUCCAGUUGACCAUUCAUCCUUAUUGCAAUCCACUGGUUGCUCCAGGAGCUCCACUUCUCUCUUGUACUGAGGAAACAAGAACUGAACACACCACUUCUGAUGCAGUCACACCAGGACUGAGUAGAGGAGCAGAAUCAACCCCCUCGAUCUGCUGGCAGUGCUCUUCCUAGUGCACAGGACACCAUUGACCUUCUCGGCCACAAGGGCAUUGCUGGCUCAUAGCUUGUUGUCCACCAGGACCCCCAGGUCUUUCUCUGCAGAGUUACUUUCCAGCACGUCAGUGGUAAUGAUAAGCUUUUACCCCAAAGAGUGGAACCUGAUGUAUGUCUGUAUUUUUUCCCCCUCCUUCAUAUCAGUGAAGAACUUGGAAACUGGCAAAAGCACUCCAGGAUUAAGGAAUUUUGGUCAUGAAAUAGUCAAUGAUUGCGGUCCAUGGAGUUCUCCCUGUGUUUCCUUAGAGAGCCAUCUCAGGGCCUCAAACAGCUCAAAGGAUGCCCUGUAUCCUUCAAAGUUUUCAGUGACAACUCAUGGCUUCCUGCUGCACCAUGUCUGCACAUUACAGGUGAAGAUACCUUAGUGGGAUGCCAUCAUGAAGUGCAGACAGCAGGUGACUUCAGAGAAUCCUGAUAUAUGGUCCUUGAGACCCUUCCUAGCUUCUCUGCUUAAAGCAUUUGUUCUGAAAGCUAUACUGCUGCUCCACUCAUCUCUAAUGGAUAACUUGAUGUCAGACCUAACAACUUAUUUAAAUGCUUAUUGGACUGGGUCUGGAGAUCACCUUGUGAGCACAAAGCCCACUUGCAUGGAGCUGCCAGAGGAGCUGUGUGAGCUGGCAGACAUGCAGGAACUGAGAAGGGAGAAAGCAAUAAAAGACUACAGAAUGAAAGAGGAUGGUCUUUUGAUCCAACCAGCCAUGGAAUUAAUAGAGAGAAACAAUCCACAGAAGGAUAGAAACUACAGCAGAGAUGAUGGCGAGUGCUUUCCCACAAAAAAAGCAGGGUCUCAAAACACAUCUUUCAACAAUCAAGGAUGUACUUUGUCAAAGCAGAGCUUGAAAAUCAAAUUCAUGUGGUAAAAUCUGUGGGAGGACCUUAAAAUGACCUCAAGCAGACUGUAUGAAUUUAAUUUCUGACACAGGUGAUUUGAUGAGCUUAGAUUGGGUGUUUGAAGACAUCCAAGUGAAGAAAGAGGCUAUUCCCCUUGCAGAGGUGUCAAACAAAAGCUCCUGACUUUACAAUGACAGGUAAUUCAACAUUCCACUGUUGAAUGGAAAUAAUGAUGGUCUGUCUUUUGGAGGAAAUUCCUGCUGUGUCUGACUGUUCUUCUCUAGGUCUAUUUUUGAGAUCCAUUUUUUCUGAGAGCUAUUUUUGAUUUUAAGAGUGACUUUUAUUUUUCUUGUAUUGUUAAAAGACCACUUUCUUAAACUGUAUUGGUUGUUACCGGUUGCAGGUAUGUAAAAUUCUCGUUAGAGCAGCUUCCUGCUGGAAGUUGCAGACCACCAUCACCACCGUUGUUUGCCAGCGCUGCCGCAUCCAGCUCAAGUGGAUAAGGCUGUAACACCACCGUGGUGUGUGUAAAAAGCAGUUUAGGAGGUCUAGACCAGUCCCUCCCCAAGCAAAAUAAAGUAUUAGGGCAAAACUACUGCUCUACCACAGGACAAAAUUAAUGUAGGCCGUGCCUCAGUCUCAGAACAAGUUUUCUGACAUAUUGGUGAACUCUGAUUAAUGUAGAAUAGGGAAGAAUGGAUGAGGUCAAAGGUCACCAUGCCAACCAGAUUGCAGUCCAAGAACAAUCUGGGCAUCAGGCUGCAAAGGUGGUAAUAAUAAUGACACCAGCUUGGAAGGGAUGUGACAUCCGUGUGUGAGUACAUGCCACUACCUGUUUGAGUUGGUUUUCUUGGGAUGUAAAUUGGUGUGACUGUGUUUAUGAUGUAUCUGCACAUUUUAAAAAAAUAUUUUUAGGGGGAACAUAGGUUGGUUUAGGUUGGUUUUCUGGUGUGUGGAGUUUUUUUACCUCUCCCCACAACGUACUAUAUCGACAGUAUUUAAAUAGGUCUUCAUUUGAAACUGUAAGUCAGACUUGCUCAGUUGGCAGAGUUGACAGAAAAACUGCCAAGGUUUUCUUUGUCAUUAAACUGAAGGAAGAUUUUUCCAAACAGUCAUGGGUUAUCAGAGAUCAGUGGGGUACAGUGUGGAACAUGCAGGCUCUUUCGUCAGAGACAGAUCAAGAGCACUUUGGUUGUAUCUCCACAACCAAAAAUAUCUGGGUUCAUGCAGUCCUAUUACCAGACAGAAAAUAGUGAUACAUCAGGUAAGGGAAAGAGGGAGGGAACAAGAGCUGAGAUGAAAGCAUUAAGUCUGGGAUAUAGCAUGGAAUGUCUCUACAGGAUACAAAGUAAUUGCUGAGGCUACCCUUCCUGAUAAGAGACUGAGCUGCUUUCUCAGCCUCUUCCAAGGACUGGAUCUCUGACUGGAACAGCAUUAUCAUGGAAUAAGGAUUUCCAGAGAGGGAUCUCGCAGUCCAGUUGCAUCUGUGCCAUUAUAAUGAUUCAAGUAGCAAAACCUUCUUGGGUACAUAUAAGUACCACUUUCCCUUUGGUUCUCUUUUGGGAACAGCAUAAGGAAAAUAAAUAUAUUGCAGUGGAGUCAUCACUCAAUGGUGCACAAGAUUAAAAAUUACCGUUUUCUUCAAAAAGAAAAAAGUUUUUUUUUAACGGUCCAUCAGCCACAGUGACACUGCUCAGUGCUAGCUCUGUCUGAGCAUGGUACUACCAUGUAACCAAAUCACACACACCUC